AAAAAUUUUACUAAUGGACCUUUCAUCACAUCAUCAUCAUCAUCAUCAUUAUCUUCGUUAUUCCUAAAUAAUAAUAAUAACAACAACACCAACACCACCAAGAACAACAUCAAUAAUGGAUUAUGAUUUCAAGAUGAAAACUGCUGCUGAGCGUGCGAAGGUUGAAGAGUUGUUUGACUAUGAAGGUUGUAAAGUAGGAAGAGGUACAUACGGACAUGUUUAUAAAGCCAAACGGAAAAACAGUCUCCACUAUUCUGAGGGAAAUCAUUCUCUCUCCCGUCAUUGCAGCGCUGAUGGCCGGGAAUAUGCUCUGAAACAAAUUGAGGGCACUGGUAUCUCUAUGUCAGCUUGUCGGGAAAUCGCUCUAUUGCGAGAACUCCGACAUAAAAAUGUGAUUAGUCUUCAGAAGGUAUUUCUCUCACAUACAGAUAGGAAAGUUUGGUUAUUAUUUGAUUAUGCUGAGCAUGACCUAUGGCAUAUAAUCAAGUUCCACAGGUCUGCCAAAGCCAACAAGAAACAAAUUAGCUUCCCAAAGAAUAUGGUCAAGUCACUGCUGUUCCAAAUAUUGGACGGUAUUCAUUAUUUGCACUCCAAUUGGGUUCUCCACAGGGAUUUAAAACCUGCCAAUAUACUUGUAAUGGGUGAAGGCCCAGAAAGAGGAAGAGUUAAGAUUGCUGAUAUGGGUUUUGCACGUCUGUUCAACAAUCCGUUAAAACCUCUAGCAGAUCUAGAUCCUGUGGUUGUGACUUUUUGGUACAGAGCACCAGAAUUAUUAUUAGGAGCGAGACAUUACACAAAAGCAAUUGAUAUUUGGGCUAUUGGGUGUAUUUUUGCUGAACUGUUAACAUCGGAACCAAUAUUUCACUGCCGCCAGGAGGAUAUCAAAACUAGUAACCCUUACCACCAAGAUCAGCUGGAUAGGAUUUUUAAUGUCAUGGGUUUUCCUCAGGAAAAAGAUUGGGAGGAUAUAAAGAAAAUGCCUGAGCAUCCAACAUUAAUGAAAGAUUUCAAGAGAUCAAACUAUGUCAACUGUAAUUUGAUCAAGUAUAUGGAAAAACAUAAGAUCAAGCCAGACAGUAAAGCCUUUUUGUUGCUACAAAAAUUAUUGACGAUGGAUCCAACGAAACGUAUAACUUCAGAGCAAGCUAUGAAAGAUUCUUACUUUUCUGAAGAUCCACUGCCUUCACAAGAUGUGUUCGAGGGCAUGCCGAUCCCUUAUCCGAAAAGGGAGUUCCUUACUGGGGAUGACAAUGAUGAUAAAGCAGACACCGGGGCCAGCAAGGUUGGUGACAAACAAGCAGCCGCUGCUGAUCAGUCAUCUAGUCACAACCAACCUCCAUCAAAACGGGUAAGAGUUAUUCCCCCUGUCACCACGACAGGGGGCAGUACUAUAGGAACUUCAGAUUAUCAGGUAAAGCAUGUUCACAACAUUCAAGGAGGAAACCAGCAACAGACUGGCAUUACAAUGUCCACAGGCAAUACCUCACAGACUUCAAGUUCAAUAGUGUAUGGACAGUCCAGAUUUUAGAACCAGGUUGACAGAUAGAUAGAAAGACAUGUGCACACGUCCCAUUUUAGAAACUGCGUUUCGUAUGUCAGCCGUCAACAGUGACCCGUUUCUUUUGAGAUCAUUGUUGAACUGACCGCAUGUGCUUGCUGUGUCUGUCUGUCUGUUUGUCCGAUACAUCUGGGUCUAGUUUUCUGGUACGAUUCGAUGACCAGUAACACCUGUUUCUACCGACCAUCGCUGUUGGCAGUCGACCCUGCCGGGGAAAUAGCCAUGUAACCGUUCAGAAAUACACCAUUGAGAUCCUAUACAACUGCUAGGGUCAGGUUGCCGUUUUGCUUUCGUGCUCGACAGUGACUUCUUGGAGGAAAUGGUAAUAGCUCAGCAUCGAUGCCCCAAAGAUUACAAAUAUCAACAGAAAAUGCGGAACAACUACAAACACCACAAACAUCAGGAACAACAACAACAACAAUAGUAAGGAAACAACAACAGAGGCCAAACAGUUUAACCAAAUCAAAAGGAAAAUUAAGAUAAUUCUUUACUAAUUCUACUCGUACACAAAAGGAUAAACUCAACACACCUAAUGAGACACACACUAUGUAGAAACAUCACCUAGAAGGCAGUUGACAAUUAUAAACCUUAUUAUUAGCAACAAGAGCAACAGCAGCAGUUGCCAUCAUUGUCAUCCACUUCACCUCUCAUUUUUAUCAUCAUUAAAUACAUUUGACCUUAACCUGACCACAAUCACAAGAUCAGCAGCAGCAGCCAGAAGUAAUGAAAGGAAAAAAAAAAAAAAUAUAUAAAAAAAAUUCCAUUUUUUUUUUUUUUUUUUUUUUUUGAGUAACAUCCCUCCUUUUAGAAAAAA